AUGCAGAUCUUCGUCAAGACCCUCACCGGAAAGACGAUCACCCUCGAGGUUGAGUCUUCUGACACUAUCGACAAUGUCAAGAGCAAGAUCCAAGACAAGGAGGGCAUUCCCCCAGACCAGCAGCGCUUGAUCUUCGCUGGCAAGCAGCUUGAGGAUGGCCGCACCUUGUCCGACUACAACAUCCAGAAGGAAUCGACCCUGCAUCUCGUCCUCCGCCUUCGUGGAGGUAUGCAGAUCUUCGUCAAGACUCUGACCGGCAAGACCAUUACCCUCGAGGUUGAGUCAUCCGACACCAUCGACAACGUAAAGUCAAAGAUCCAAGACAAGGAGGGCAUUCCUCCGGAUCAACAACGUCUUAUCUUCGCCGGAAAGCAACUCGAGGAUGGCCGCACUCUGUCCGACUACAACAUUCAGAAGGAGUCUACACUGCAUCUCGUCCUGCGCCUGCGCGGUGGUAUGCAAAUCUUUGUCAAGACCCUGACCGGCAAGACCAUCACGCUCGAAGUGGAAUCAAGCGAUACCAUUGACAACGUCAAGUCAAAGAUUCAGGACAAGGAGGGUAUCCCUCCGGAUCAACAACGUCUCAUUUUCGCCGGAAAGCAGUUGGAAGACGGCCGUACUCUAUCCGACUACAACAUCCAGAAGGAGUCCACGCUUCACUUGGUGCUUCGCCUCCGUGGUGGUAUGCAGAUCUUCGUCAAGACUCUUACUGGAAAGACUAUCACAUUGGAAGUCGAGUCCAGCGACACGAUUGACAACGUCAAGUCCAAGAUCCAGGAUAAGGAGGGUAUUCCUCCUGACCAACAGCGUCUUAUUUUCGCUGGUAAGCAGCUGGAAGACGGUCGAACGCUCUCAGACUACAACAUCCAGAAGGAGUCCACUCUCCACUUGGUGCUCCGUCUUCGUGGCGGACAGUAG